CAGGGCAGAGGCUUUGCCAGCCGAACUGACCACUUGGCCGGCGAUAUACGCAAGAUGAGAGAUUUGCCGAGAGUGACAGCAAUAAUGACUUUGUGAGUCGUAGCGGACUGGAUGGUAGGCGGCGCAUGUUUGGCUCGUCGCCAGUGCCGCUGUUGCAAUUUGGCGCCGUCACAUCCCCGUUGCUGCUGCCAAAGACAUUGCGAGCUACAGAUCCGACGCAGCUCCCUUCGCUCAGCCGGCUGUCGUUGUCCGGUGGUGAGUUGGACAGGGGCAUUCUUCUCAAUGAUACUGCCGCCGACGAAGCUGCCAAAUUGUUGCAAGAAUCUUGUUUCGAACGCGCAGUAGAUGGGGCGCGCGUCGUUGCUGAGUGGACCGCAAACAUCAGCAAUUCUGAAACCAAGCACUUGCUGUCUAGCUUGCUGCCGCCGUCCUGGUUGUGUGCGGCGUGUCCAUUGACCAGUCGCGCGACAUCAUGAUUGUAACUCGCUACCAGUUCGACCGGGAACCAAUAGUUGUGUGCCUGCCAAUGCGCGAAAUUGAGCUAGACCUCGCAGGAGCUGCCUUCAAAGAACCACAUACUCCGGACAUUGCCACCCAGCAUUCCGGUGCGUUUGGAAGCAUCGGCAGUGGUGGGAGCAUCGGUCUUUGUUAGAUCAACAGCUGGGCCAGCUUCUGCGUAACAU